UGUCACAUAACUUGCUUUUUGGAAUAUCCCAAGCUGGUUAGUUUAGUCUAUUGAUGUUAUGUUUGUUUCAGACAUCGGAUCGUAGCUCACGGACACAAACAUCUUUAUUUUACAAGAAAAAGCCAGAGCCCGGAGACCUCAUCGAAAUCUUCAGAGGUUUAUACCAGCACUGGGCUAUUUAUGUUGGUGAAGGUUAUGUGAUUCACCUGGCACCACCCUCUGAAGAUGCUCAACCUGGACCCUACAGUAUGAUGUCAGUAUUAUGUGAAAAAGCCACAGUGAAGAAAGAUGAACUUUAUGAAGUAGUUGGGAAUGAUAAAUACUCUAUCAACAAUCUUCUGGAUGAAAAAUAUGAGCCACGUCCUGUUCGAGAGAUUCUACGGGAUGCACACAGAUUUUUAGGAAAAGAACUUACGUAUUGUGUCUUUAGAGAGAACUGUGAGCACUUUGUUACGGAGUUGAGAUACGGAAAACCACAGUCCUGCCAGGUGCAGAAAGUGGUGGAGAUUGGUGUUGGUGUCGGUCUUGCUGCAGCAGCUUCUUUUGGAGUUCUUGCAGCUGCUGCAGCCAUAUUUGGUUCAGAAGACAAACAGAAACAGUAAAGACUGGGAAAUGAAGAAGUGAAAGCACAGUUGCCUUUGAUAUUUAAAGUCUGUAAAUUGUUUACUGCAUUUAAUGUAAAUCAUUUAAACAUUUAAUGUAUGGAUUAGGCAGGCUUAGUUUUAUGAGCACAAAUGGAAAUAUUCAUAAACAGAACAUAAAGAGAUUAUCAGCACUC